CGACUUCCGCUUUCUUCGAGAGUUCAGCAUUCGCAUGAAAAAAGUUUGUUUUCUCUAAACACUACUCGUUCUUUUGACCGUUUUCUUCCUUAUUUCAACCCUUCGCUUAAGCGAGUACCAAGUCUAUUCAUGCCUCUUCAGCUGUCAAGGACAAAGACCUUUUUCGGGAAGCCCCCAGCUUUUCAGCGCUAUAUUUAGCCUCGUCUGCUGAUUGGCUAUAUCCUUAUAACUUCCCGUUCCUGCUUGUGCAAGGAACAUUUGUCUUAGGUAGCUUUAUCUACAGCAUGCAAAAUUGAGAAGGUAUCCUUUACGUUUGAACUUUCGCUAAAAUGUUAUCAAUUGAGUUUGUCGUGCCUACGGACAAGCAUGAAAUCCUCAAAGCCAAACUUCCUCGUCUCAAAGAGCUGUUUAACUCCGUCAAAAUUACGCUGGCGGAAGUGUAUGGCGAAAACCAGUGGAUUCGGGCUGUGGGAGAACACGAGCACUUAAACAAAGCGAAGGAGUACAUUCAGGGCCUGUGCAAACCCGAGACUAUCGAAAAGAUCAAGAUGUCACAUGAGAUGAUCGAAACCUUCUGCCAGCAACGCGCCGACCUUGAAAGAGAUUUUGGAAUCGUUAUAGACAUAGACGAAGAGGCCAAUUGCCUCAUUAUGCAAGGGACUUAUCUUGCGGUCACCAUGGCAACUUCGAAACUCGAGCAAAAGGAAGUAACUGCCGUGUCAAACCAAGCUAUUAACCCGGUGCUCAAGGAAUUUGCGCUGAAGCUGGGUUACGACGAGAACCAAGUUCAGUCAAUUGCCAAGAAAUUCGGCCCGGAUGUGGACCAAAACAAACUGCUACAGGAACUCAUACACACGUCAGCCUCCAGCCGGGCUACGACGAAAACCCGACCGAGCGGCGAUUACAAUUCGGAGUUAACGGGAAGUCCGAUGACAUACCGAAACGUUGUAGCCCGAGGAGCGCCGACACCUCCGACGAACAUCGAAACAACAUGCGGGAUUCCCGCGAUGAUCCCGCGAAUGGAAGCCGAUCCCGAAGUGACGUUUUCGUUGUCCCGCGGGAUUGAGGAUGCACCUCGUGACGGGCUACGCCCUGUUGUUAUCGACGGGAGCAAUGUGGCGAUGAGUCAUGGUAAUCAGCGAGUGUUCUCAUGCCGCGGCAUCGCGCUCUGCGUGGACUGGUUUCGUCAACGUGGGCACAACGAGAUUACCGUGUUCGUGCCAAGAUGGCGUACCGAGGCACCUCGCCCGGGAAAUCCCGUGGAGGAUCAGCAUAUCUUGCUCGCACUUGCGCAACAAAGCAUCGUGAAGUUCACGCCUUCUCGCCGCAUCAACGGCAGGAACAUCGUGUGUUACGACGACCGAUUCAUCCUCGAACUUGCCGUCAAAUGUGACGGGGUGGUGGUCUCUAAUGAUAACUUCCGUGACCUGAUGAGGGAAAAUGACGCGUGGAGGGAGGUAAUCGAGACCAGAUUGCUGAUGUACUCCUUCGCGGGGGACUAUUUCAUGCCGCCCGAGGAUCCCCUGGGAAGGCACGGCCCCACCCUUGACGAGUUCCUCCGCAAAGGGUCCAGCCACACCCCAAAGGUGUGUCCCUUUCUGGGGCGCUGUACGUUUGGCCCCAGAUGCAGGUUCUAUCAUCCAGACAGGGAUCCCACCAAGCGCCCACAGCUCAAACGACAGACCAGCAAAUCAGAUCCAGACCUUUCCCAAUUACGCGCUUCCUCCACCCCUCCCCCCAGAGAUCACUUUCAGAACACUAUGAAAACCUCCUCGCUUGACCGGCAGCGCUCAUACAGUGAAAGCAUCUUGCAAGGACCUAUCCAUUACCAUGGCAACUCGGACUCUAGAUACCCAGUAGUAGACCAAUACAAUGGACUCUACGUCUGUAACCAAGGGAAUGAACAACAUCUAGUGUACCCUAGCAACGGUUACUAUGGUUACCCGGGCUAUGCUAUGUAUGCCCCUGUGAUGACGGAGCAGCACUACAGCUAUACACCGUCUAACACCAGAUACACGACAAGCGGCUCCCUAGAGGGGGUAGGGGCGGGGGAGGGGGAGAGUACAAGGGUGGGGGAGGGUUCGAUAGCGGAGAAGGAAAAGAAGCAGAAGGCAUCCGAUGGAGCUGGGGAAAUGGAGGAAAAAUUGAAGGCGUUUUUUCCCGGCGAAGAGUCCAGAAUAGCGAAAACUGUUAGAGAUAAUCCUGAGCUGUGUAGGAAGCGUGAUGUCAACGCGCUCAGCAACCUGCUCUUGGAUCUAGCGUGAUGGAGUCGUCGUUCUUAGAGCUGCAACAGUGCCCUUCGUGGGAAAAUAUAGCUAGAUUAUUGUUAUUUGUAAAUAAUCAUUUUUAUUUAUCCCUUCUUAGGCUAACGUGUACCUUUUUGCAAUAUGAUCGAUGCUCUAGCUAUUAUUGUAAACCCAUAAAAGAAAUGUUUAUUUGAAUUUCAGGAAUUGUUAAAAGAGCUAUUGGUAGUUAGAUACAGAUUUGUUGUUGCAUUGACCAAAAGGAAUAUUAUAUCCAUCUAUUCAAUCAUGUUUAUUAUAUAAACAACACGUAUUUUAUUGUUAAAAGCUCCAUUUCUUGUGUCUAAUGCUUUAAUAUUUUUUGAUAAAAUAAAAACAUUACCUAUAGGC